UCGCCCACAGGUGAGUGAUAGUGUAGAGUGGAGGACCUCAGUGUGGGCGACCUUUGUGUGGACGACCUUUGUGUGACAAGUGUACCGUUGGGUUUACAGGGUUCAUCCCAGCAACCCGGAACUGGAGGCAGUGGUGGAUUUCGUCCAGAACCCUAAGGGAUGACUGUCGGCACUGAGAUGUUGCCGUUCCUGAACGUUACCUGUGCCGAAUGUCUGGAUCUCGGCCCUCCCCCGGACUCCAUCCUGGCCAUACCGCCUCCUCCUCUGCCGAACUUUCUGCUGCGAGCUCCUGCUAACCAUACCACGUCCUGCGGCGCCGUCUGCGACUGGACCUCUACCCAUGCUGAGUUCAUCGAGCUCCCGGUCUACGACGACGACGGCGAGUACACGGACCAGGGUGCUGCUCCCGGCAAGAGGUUUGACGUUCCCAUGGGAAAUGCCUGGCUUUUUUUGCUAGUUACAUCCUGCGUAGGCGUACUCGUCAUCGGCUCCCUCUUUGCACUCUUUCUCUUCGGGCUGAAACAGUAUUUCAGGGAACGUGGCGCUAAAGUGACGCAGCCUCCAGAUCACGGCAGGGCUUGUGAGGCGGUCUUGUACCCCGGGACUGUGCCGGACUCCAGGGUCCUCUGGGCGACCCUCACCCCACGGGGGACCGCUCACCACGUCGCCCCUCCUCCCCCGAAACCCCCACACAGGAGCUUCGACAAUUCUGGCUACAUCGACCCAGACGACUACCUGAGGGUGCGCCCCCGUGUCUCCUCCCCCACCAGGAUAGAGCACCCCAACCUGCCUCCCCUCAACCUGCACAGGAGCUUCCGCAGGGAGUCCGACACUGCCCCCAUCGUCUGAGAUGGCUACGCCCCUGUGCUGAUGACGUAAGCACGUAACUGUUUGUGGAAACACAGCAUUUCCACCAAUGAGAUGCUAUAUAGUUGGCUGUUAUGUGUGUACUCCACCUAGUACACCCUCACACAGUUUUAACUGUCUUGCUGUACAAUGUUUUUAUAUUGAGUUUCUUUUAACGGCAACUGGAAUAAACAGGAUGUAAAUCGCUUAUUUUCAAACUUGCUGGCAUCAUUUUGUUUAUCGAUCAAUAUUAUCUUGAAAAAUGAUUGAACCUCAUUAAAUGCUUGAACUCGAAGUUCAUGAAUCAAAAUUCAUUUUUAUUAACUUAAAAUCGGGAUGGUUAAUUCUAUAAUUAAAUAUAUUCUAGGCAAUGAAAUGUGCACACAAUUCUCCGAAUUUUCCGAUGGAAGGUGGUUUUUAUAGGAUUUUGGAAAUUUCUGAAUUUUUGUUACUAAAAGACGUUUUACAAUACUGUCGAUCUUCUUAUUUUUACUGAUACACGCAUGUUUAUUCUGGUACUGCAAAUAUUUUUAAAGAUUCACACCCGAAAAUAUCCUUUAUAUAUCAGUUUUAUUUUUCUAUAUUUUUAUAAGAAUGGUGUCUAUUGGAUAUCGUAAUCGAUGUUGAAAUGAGAUAUUAGUAGUCUAUUAUAAAUUAAUUUCGCAACGAAAAAACUUUUAGAUUUAAAUAUAUAACUUUUUAAAUAGGAUGUAAUCCAAAUCCUCAGUUAUAUAUAGUUUUGUAAAUGUAUUUUCAAAAAGAUUUUUUAGAUAAAAAAAUGAUAAUGGCUUUAAAUGUAUCUGUGACUAUAGAAAUUUAUUUCAAAAUAAGAUCUCUUUUUACUGCAUAACAAAUUAGCAAAAAAACUUUUUUUUAUUGACUUAUCAUUUAAACUUAUUAUUUUUAUUAUUAAUUCGAAUUUUUCUAAUUUAUCCCUAAACAAUGGGUUUAGUCGUAGUUGGUAGAUGGAUAUUAAAAAAACUGUGUCACUGAUGUAAAACUGUGGAAAUGAACUUUGUUUAAUAAAAAAAAACAUGUUUUGUUACCGCUAUAAUUUUGUUAAAGAAAUACAUUCCAGCGUUUUUUAUUUAUGUAAGUUACAUAUAAAAAUUGUUUUAUGCUCAGUAUCACUUCGGUAAACCAGAUAUUCGGUUAAUUGAGUUUCGGUUAAUCGAGACCAGUGUAGAACUUACUGAAUUUGGAGUAGCUAUAAAACAAAGUUGUUAUUUCAACAAGAUACAUACUUACUUUUGUUAAGGUUUGUUAUCCAUAAAUAAGUAUAAAUAGCUGUAUUAUAUUUUAAUGUAAUUUAAGUUUUAUUUUAAUACAAUAAAUUGUUGUUAGCCUUGCGCUCUGCGCUCUCUGGUGCUUACCCGUAUACUCGCUUAGUAUAUUAUAUAUUUGGUACUACACCAAUGUUGUAUAUGUUCGUAACCAUGUAAGUAUAUUGUACCCCUAGUCAUACUAGUCAUAUUAUUCUUAUUGUAAAGUUUCUUUGUAAUAAAGAUAUUGGUAAAACGUUGUUGCCAGU